GCUGCGGGCCGGGCCGGGCGGCAAGGGGAGAGGAAGCCGCUGCGGGCCGGGCCGGGCGGUAAGGGGAGAGGAAGCCGCUGCGGGCCGGGCCGGGCGGCAAGGGGAGAGGAAGCCGCUGCGGGCCGGGCCGGGCGGUAAGGGGAGAGGAAGCCGCUGCGGGCCGGGCCGGGCGGAACGGGAACGGGGUGGACUCGGCGUCAGUGAGAGAGCUGCGGGACGGAGGCGAGGGAGAAGGCAGGGAAACUGCAGUCGUUCCUGUUCCAAGAGGGAUUCGAGCUGGCCAUGUCUGACUUGUGAAGGCGUAACUCAUCCACAACCGCAAUGUCCCUGUUGUUCACUCGAUCCAACUCAAUAAUUGCAGUGAAGAAGGAUAAAAGACACAUGGCUGAGGUAAAUGCUUCUCCACUUAAACAUUUUGUCACUGCAAAGAAGAAAAUCAAUGGCAUCUUUGAGCAGCUGGCUGCAUACAUCAAUGAGAGCUCCUCUUUCCUGGAAGAAACACACAAGAAUAUCGAGCUUGAUCCGGUCACCACAGAAGAGCAGGUUCUGGAAGUCAAAGGCUACCUGUCAAAAGUCAGUGGUAUUAGUGAAGUGCUGGCAAGACGACACAUGAAAGUGGCUUUUUUUGGAAGGACGAGCAAUGGGAAGAGCACUGUGAUAAAUGCCAUGCUAUGGGACAAAGUCCUUCCUUCAGGCAUUGGACACACCACUAAUUGCUUCCUGCGUGUGGAAGGGACAGAUGGACAUGAUGCUUUCCUGCUUACUGAAGGCUCAGAGGAGAAGAGGAGUGUCAAGACAGUAAACCAGCUGGCUCAUGCCCUUCAUCAAGAUGAACUUCUGAAUGCUGGCAGCCUGGUCAGUGUAAUGUGGCCCAAUUCCAAAUGUCCUCUCUUAAAGGACGACCUGGUGCUGAUGGACAGCCCUGGCAUUGAUGUCACUACAGAACUGGACAGCUGGAUCGACAAAUUCUGUCUAGAUGCUGAUGUAUUUGUUCUGGUGGCAAAUUCUGAAUCAACAUUGAUGCAAACAGAGAAACAGUUCUUCCACAAGGUGAACGAACGUCUGUCUCGACCCAAUAUAUUUAUUUUAAAUAACCGCUGGGAUGCAUCUGCCUCUGAACCAGAAUACAUGGAAGAGGUGCGCCGGCAGCACAUGGAGCGCUGUACCAGUUUCCUGGUGGAUGAGCUGGGUGUGGUGGAUCGAGCCCAGGCAGGAGAUAGAAUUUUCUUUGUGUCUGCAAAAGAAGUGCUGAAUGCCAGGAUUCAGAGAGCUCAAGGGAUGCCAGAAGGAGGUGGAGCAUUGGCAGAUGGAUUUCAAGUAAGAAUGUUUGAGUUUCAGAACUUCGAGAGAAGAUUUGAGGAAUGCAUCUCACAGUCAGCAGUGAAAACAAAAUUUGAGCAGCAUACGGUGAGAGCGAAGCAGAUUGCUGAAGACGUUCGUCUCAUCAUGGAUUCUGUGCACGUUGCUGCCCAGGAGCAGCGAGUUUACUGUCUGGAAAUGCGAGAGGAACGGCAGGAACGCUUGGGAUUCAUUGACAAACAGCUGGAGCUGCUUACUUACGAUUACAAGCGGAAAAUAAAACAGAUCACGGAAGAAGUGGAGAGGCAGGUGUCAAAUGCAAUGGCAGAAGAAAUCAGGCGGCUUUCUGUGUUGGUGGAUGAAUACCAAGCAGACUUUCAUCCUUCUCAAGUAGUUCUUAAAGUUUACAAGAGUGAGCUGCAUAAACACAUUGAGGAAGGCCUGGGCCGUAAUAUGUCAGAUCGUUGCUCCAAUGCAAUCACAACAUCCCUGCAGACAAUGCAGCAAGAAAUGAUAGAUGGUUUAAAACCCCUUCUCCCAGUCUCCUUGAGGGGCCAGAUAGACAUGUUAAUUCCCCGGCAGUGCUUCAUGCUCAGCUAUGAUCUGAACUGUGACAAGCUUUGUGCUGACUUCCAAGAGGACAUAGAAUUUCAUUUCUCUCUUGGAUGGACAAUGCUAGUGAACAGAUUUUUGGGACCAAAGAAUGGUCGUCGGGCCUUGAUGGGCUAUAAUGACCAGGUUCAACGCCCACUAACUCCAGCAAAUCCCAGUCUGCCUCCUUUGCCUCAGGGCUCUAUGACCCAGGAAGAACUCAUGGUGUCAAUGGUGACUGGGCUGGCCUCAUUAACUUCCCGAACUUCCAUGGGGAUCAUCGUGGUUGGUGGUGUGGUCUGGAAGGCUGUGGGUUGGAGGCUCAUAGCUCUCUCUUUUGGCCUUUACGGGCUCCUUUAUGUGUAUGAGCGGCUCACCUGGACCACAAAAGCAAAAGAGCGAGCUUUCAAACGGCAGUUUGUGGAGUAUGCUAGUGAGAAGCUGCAACUCAUCGUCAGCUACACAGGUUCUAAUUGCAGCCACCAAGUCCAGCAAGAGCUUGCUGGAACAUUUGCUCACCUGUGUCAACAAGUGGAUGUCACACGGGAGAAUCUUGAGCAGGAGAUUUCUGCUAUGAAUAAAAAAAUUGAAGUUCUGGAUUCACUGCAGAGCAAAGCAAAACUGCUCAGGAAUAAAGCGGGUUGGCUUGACAGUGAGCUCAACAUGUUCACACAUCAGUACCUGCAGCAAAGCAGAUAAUGUGGGAAGAAAAGAGAAGCAACAGUGAUUCCCUUCAGUGCUCUCUUAAUUACUGCAGAGAAUAUGGUGGGUGAUGGAAUUCCCUAAAGGGAGCGAGCAAAAGCCUGUUGCUGUGUGAACAAUAGGAUUCUGCUUCCCUGUUUCAUGUCCCACCUCUAAACACUAGCUGUUUAUAACUCUUCUUUUUCAUUCUUGUGAGACCAGGCUACUUGAGAAGGAGUGUGUGCUUCGUACAUUGACAAGGGGCUUCUUACAGCUAAACUAAGUACAGUAACAAAUUUAAAUCAAGCAAAUGAAUGUUUGCCAGGUUAAAAGUUGUUCUAACACAUCUCAAUGGAGCUGCUCAUUUUACUUCAUGCAGAUAAAAUUUCUGACUUCCAAGCCCCAGGUUGCUGUAUGUGUUAGAAGCAGCUGUGUGUGCCCAGACGUACUGAUGGUUUCACAAUGCAUUUGUAGCCCCUGCAGGCCUAUCUCCUAGGUUAAGAUUCCCUUACUCUAGAACACAAAAGAGAAUCACCUAUUUCUGUCAGUAUGUUUAAACCUAUGAACAAAACCAGUCUCUUUCAGAGGGACUGAGACUUUGCUUUGGUUAACCUUAUUGUCUUUGGAGUUAGGAUCUUCCUCUUAAGAGCUCUUUGAUGGUGCAGUCUGGCCCACUUCAUACUAAAGACACAUAGUUUGUGAAGAUGUAACUAGCUCCUGUGAAGGAGGUAGUCCUGGUAACUUGACAGCUUGUUGAGGAAGACAAAUAGGAAGGAAAAGCCAGUUGGCAGAAUCCGAUGAACUGCCUUAGGAGAGGAGUUGAUGAAUGUGAGGUUUUGUUGAAAAUGCACAGCUAUGUUUCUGGAAGCAAGCUCUAGGAAUUCCAUUACCACUAUUUGGCCACAAGGACAGCGUGUGGAUUACAAGCUGUAAGAGAUUUUGCUUCACACAGAGUUCCCAUAGGCUGUUAGAGUCCAUGCAGUGAUAGGAUUUGAUAUUCUUCUUCUGUUAAAGGGAUGAGAAUGAGCUGGCAAGUGCAGCUCCUCUGGGGCUGGGGGUAGGCCUGCCCCUUAUAUUUCAUACCAGGGCAAGAAUGAGUUACGGCAGCUUACUUUUUAAAGACAUUCUUUAUUUGAAAAGAAAUUAAAAUAUUAAUUUUGUUUUGCCCUGAAGCAGUUUUGAAUUUGGAGUAUAAGAUUUGGAAUUUUUAAGAACUUGAGUCUCUUUGUAGGAUUCAGUAGAGGAGAAAUUCCCAUUGACUUCAGCAACACCAGGAUUAGGUUCCUGUGUUGCGAAAUUUCAUUUCCUCUUGGUCAGUCAUUAUUUUGCCGUGUGUUGGGUAUGACCUUUCUGUUCCUCACAAAAAUGUCUGAUGAAUCCAGAAUCAGAUUCUGUAGUUUUGAGGUCAGUGACAACCCAAAUAUGUUCAGCAUCACAACUUCAGAGAAUAUGGGUUAUCUUAGAGCAAUGGGGUGAAUUUUCUUAAUGACAGUGAGACUUUUCAGUUGAUGGUAUUGGCUGGCCUUAGGAUUUCUCCUUUAUGCUCAGGUGUGAGUAUAUGUGCCUGUGACAAGUCCGCUGUUGUGUGUGCCGUGAAAGUUCCAGAAAGAAGCUACCUGUUGGAUUAAAAAUAGUGAAAUAUCAGUAAGUACUUCUGGCUGUUCUGAGAUUUGUAGUAAGGCUUGAAGUAUCCUGAUUGUGUAGGAGCUGAUAGUGAGACUUUUUAAAGUCCUUGGAAUGCAAGAAGCAAACACCUUUCAUUCCAGCAGACAGCUUUGAAUCCAACCCAGACUGAAAAGCCACUUUCAUCAGAGGAUUUCACUGACCUUGGUCAGUUUCCUCAGGCAACCAUCACGACAUAAAUAUGCUUAGAUGGAAUCUGAGGAUGAGUAAGACAGAAGUUUGUGUCCUUGCUUCUGGAAAUGUGUUCUCUGGGCUUGUGGUGAAGUCUGCUGGAGUCAGUGGAGUCAUCCACUCUUGCUGUGUUGCAGAUAUCACGUGAAUCAGGUCAGAUCUCUCAGGCUACUGCAUACACAUUUAUAAUAAGCUGUGUGCUGUGCCUUUGAGGUAAAACACUGAGCACACUCCUGAUGCACCAGGAAAUUGUCAUCUCCAGGUAGAGGGAGAUGAUGUGUUGCUGCUCAGCAGCUCUAAGCUACCUGAAAUGCUGACCUUGCUUUUGAAGACGUGAUGUUAGCAUCUCUUCAGCAGGCCUUUAGAGGAAAUGUGAUAAGUGAGCUGAUCUUUAAGCCAGUAUCUGAUCUGUAAAGGGAAAAGAGAUUGAUGUAUUCUCAGAAUCUGGUGUCUUGCCAAUGUGCGUUUCUGACUGGUUCAGAUUUCAGUGGUGUAGGCAUUCUCACUGCAGUGCUGAAACUCAACCAAGAGAGAGAGAAAGAACCCCUUGAAUUUUUUAAGAAGCAAAACUGCUAACAUAGAAGGGAAGAAUUUUUAAAUAUGUGUGUAACCCUUGUCCCUAGAAGCCUGAAUGAUCAAGAAUCAAACUUCUAACAGAAAGGCCCAUGAGCUGGAUUCCUCUUAAACAAAAUACAGCUGCACCUCUUUAAUGCAGAGUGGUGGAGGAAUAGGAAUGAACACUACCAAGCAAAGAUGCUGUUCUCUUCCGAUUUUCAUUACAUGAUCAAUCAGGCCUUAGAACAGGUGAUUCCAAAACCACUCAGCCCCAAACUCUUAGUAAAGAAGGUCAGCUAAAUGCACUUUAUCUUAUUGCUGCUACUUGUUUCUUUCUUAUGUUGACGGAGCUCUUCAAAGUACUCUUACCAGUGAGUUUUCUCUCUGCUGUAUUUAAGGUGAUAAAUUUGCAUGAAUUAUUCCUGUAUCAAUGCUGUAAACAAUGGAAACCAAAAUAAAAAUUAAUUGGAAAGA